AUGCGCUCCUCUGCGAUCUGCUCUCGGCGCUCCUGCUCUGGCAGGGAAGUUGGACCAGAUGAGCUCCGAGGUCCCUUCCAGCUCCUGACACUCGAUGAUUCUGAUUCCUCUCUUGCCCCAACGGCCUGGUGAAAGGCAGAACAAAGCGCUGCUGUCUCCGGCUGCAGCUCUCUGGCCCGAGAGCCAAGACUUUACUCCUCUCCCCUGGUACCCAGCGCCCGGGAAGCGCCCAGCGCCAAGGCUCGCUCGGUAGGCUCGGUCCGGCCCGGCUCGGCUCUGCCCGGUUGUGCCCGGCAGGUGGUGCCGCCGAGCCGGCCCCGGCGCCGGGAAUAAAGUCGGGAAGAAGGAGCGGAGCGGCGGGAGCGCGAUGGGGCAGCGGGCGGCGGGCGGCAGCGGCUGAGCCAGCGCCGAGAACAAAGCGGCUGGGGCCGGGCGGCGGCGGCGGCGGCGCCGGAGCGGGCCCGGGGAGAGCAGCGGCUCGGCUCUGCCGCUCCCUCCCUCCCAUGCUGGAAGGGAAGGAGGGAUCCCGGCAGUCGGAGAAGGGGAACUGCGGCGGCCGGGGCGGGGAGAGGCCCCGGGUUGGCCGUCGGAGCGCUCGGAGAGCUGUGCGGGGCGUGGGCGGCCGCGGAACCGGGGUUGAGGUUUGGUCCGGUCCGGGCGGCUCCUGCCCUCUGUGCUCCCUCGCACAGGCUUCGGGGCUCGCUGAGCCGAAAAGAGGCAAAACUAUUGAGGUUUGGAAGUGAAAUUCCGGAGGAAAUUUAAAGAGCAUCCGGAUCCGGAGAAGGAGAGAAAGAAAGAGGAAGGGAGGAAGAAAUCAGAGCGCGGAGAGCCCUCGGGCGGCGGCGGCGAGGACGGGGAGAGAGCGACAGAAAGAGAGAGAGAAGAGAGAGCAAAGCUGGCAGCGGCUGCGAUGGGGAAAUGAAUCACUCUGGAGGCAGCACCAAAGAGGAGCCUCAGUCCUGCUAAGAGACCUGAGGAGGAAGCUGCUGGAGGAAGAGCUCUGCACUAACUCCUGCCUGUAGCCCUUGCCCCUACUAACCAAUGUCAACAACUAGGGAGCAGCCAAUCUUCAGCACCAGGGCCCACGUGUUCCAGAUCGACCCUGCCACCAAGAGGAACUGGAUCCCUGCCAGCAAGCAUGCCCUCACCGUCUCCUACUUCUACGAUGCCACCCGCAGCGUCUACAGGAUCAUCAGCGUGGGCGGCACCAAGGCCAUCAUCAACAGCACCAUCACCCCCAACAUGACCUUCACAAAGACCUCCCAGAAGUUUGGGCAGUGGGCAGACAGCAGAGCCAACACUGUCUAUGGGCUGGGCUUUGCCUCCGAGCAGCAUCUCUCCCAGUUCGCAGAGAAGUUCCAGGAGGUGAAGGAGGCAGCACGGCUGGCCAGGGAGAAGUGCCAGGACAAAACAGAGCUGACCAACCCUGCCCUGAGCAUCACAUCCCACCAGGUCCUUCCCAGCCCCAUCAUCAGCUCCAAUGGGCCAGGAGAAGAUAAACUGUUCAGGAGCCAGAGUGCAGACGUGGAGAUCACCACGGAGAAGGAGCGGCUGAAGAAGAUGCUGUCGGAAGGCUCGGUGAGCGAGGUGCAGUGGGAGGCUGAGUUCUUCAGCCUGCAGGACAACAACACCAAGCUGGUGGCUGCUCUGCACGAGGCCAAUGCCAACGUGGACCAGUGGAAGAAGCAGCUGGCAGCGUACCAGGAGGAGACCGAAACGCUGCGGCAGAGGGUAGCAGAACUGGAGUCACAGGGGGCUCAGGACUCCCCCAGUGAGAACAACAAGGAGGAGCUGAGCCAAACCCUGGAGGAGUUGGAGCUGCUGAUCAAGGCUAAAGAUGAGGAGAUCCAGAUGCUGAAGAGCCAGAAGUGUGGAGGCCACUGGGAGGCUGAGGGGGAGCGAGAGGAGACGCUGCAGAAGCUGCAGCGCCCUGUGUCCUGCGGCAGGAGCUGGAGCAGCGCAACGCGGAGCUGGAGCAGCGCCUGCAGCUGGCAGAGCAGAGCCUGGCCGAGAGCCUGGCCGAGAGGGAGAAGAUGCAGAACGAGGUCACCAAGGUGGCAGAGGUGAUGGAUGUGAAGAUAUUUGAGCUCAGCGAGAUCAGGCAGGGCUUGGCCAAGCUGGUGGAGAGCAACUGAGGAGACCUGUCCCGAGCAGGGGAGCCUGAGCUGGGGCUGCUCCCUUGGCAGCAGCCUCCAGGUCAGCUGGGGCAGGACGUGCCAAGGAGCCCAGCAGCUGCCAGGACCUGUGGAGACCUGCCACAGCCACUGCCUGCCCUCUGAGCACCCAGAGAGAGGGCAGAGAAGACCUGAGCCACUCAAUCCUCUCCAGGGAGCAUCUACAAGUCACAGCCCAAACCUCUCUGGCCCCUGGCACAGCCCUGGCACAGCCCAGAGCCAGCAGCUGUGCCCAUGCUGCCUCCCCAGCCCCUCUGCUGCCAGCUGCCUGCCUGCAGCCUUCUCACACUUCUCUAGGGCAGGGCCUGAGCCUUCACCUUUUUCUCCAGUAGCUUUUUUAGGAAGCCACUUGCCUCCUGCAGCUCAGCUGCCUGCUUCCCCACCUGGGCAGGGGAGGAAGACUCUCAGCUGCCUGCUUCCCCACCUGGGCAGGGGAGGAAGACUCUCAGCUGCCUGCU